AUGGCUGCAGAGAGAAUUCGUCAGCGGAUGAUGAGGGACCUAUACGACGAAGCUGACCUCGCAAUGCAAGCAGAUCCGCGAUUUGGUAAAACAAAGUAUCCUGUGGGGACGACGUUCAAGAGUAGAGAGGAGUGUGCCAGCACUGGGGUUCACGCGAUCCAUUUCGCUGGAAUCCACGGGUCAAAGGAUCUAGGAGCCUUUUCGAUUUGCUUAUCUGGUGGAUACGAAGACGAUAAAGAUCAAGGGGACUUUUUUAAAUAUACUGGGACAGGGGGCCAGAGUGACUCAUUCAGUAGUGGCGGUCGUCAAGUCACGGACCAGAGGUUUGAUCACCCCAGUAACGCCGCGCUCAAGAAGUCAGUAGAAACAAAGAGACCAGUCCGCGUCGUACGGGGUCCGAACGACAAAUCACAGUAUGCUCCUGCUGAAGGAUACCGCUACGACGGAUUAUACGUCGUCGAGAAGGCAUACAUCGACAAAGGGGUGAGUGGAUACGCGAUUUGUCGAUAUGAGCUUCGCCGGGUACCCGGCCAACCGCCACUACCGACUAAAUACAGGUGGAUAUCGUUAGAUUAUACGAUUUGA